UUGCGGCAAAACAACAAGAAGCCAAUCUACUGCAGCUUUCGCAAAGUUUACGUAUUUUUUGGUCACUAUGUCGGGCCAAUUUCCUGGAGGAUACCAGAGCCCCAGUGGCCAUCGUGGUAAUUACAAUAGUCCUAUAAUACAGCAGCAGCUGAACCAGAUGAACGUCCCAAACCAAAUGGGCAUGAUGGGGUUCAACCAAAACAGUGUUAUGAACAACCAACAAAUGCAAGGUGGUCCAGGACAGGGUGGUCAGGACAUGGGCAUGAACCAGAAUAUGAUGCAGCAAACCCACCAGCAGCAAGGUCAACCCCAAGGAAUCCAAUCCAAUCCACAGCAGAUGCCUAGCCAGCACCAACAGGGACAAAAUCAAAUGGUUGGUCAGAAUCAACAGCAUCAAGGGCCACAACCAUCGCCCCAGAUGGUCAUGCAACAGUCCGGAGGCAAUGUAGGACCAGGAAACGUGAUGAACUCGCAAACUCAGCAAAACCAACCCCCACCAAAUCAACCGGGUGCCGGGACCGCCGUUCAGCAACAACAAAAGGCAGAAUUUAACCUGCUUUCGCUAUGUCGCAUUGGGCAGGAAACGGUGCAGGACAUUGUGAGUCGCUUCCAGGAGGUGUUUGGCAUUUUGCGUGCGAUCCAACCACCGAAUGGCACAAACCAGGGCCAGUUGUCAAGUAACGACAAGAAAGCUAAGGUGCAGGAACAGUUCCGGACGAUCCGGUUGCUGUUCAAGCGCUUAAGAUUGCUGUACGACAAGUGCAAUGAUAACUGCCAGCAGGGUAUGGAAUAUACGCACGUGGAAAGCUUGAUCCCGUUGAAAGGCGAAUUGGAACGUUCCGAACCGGUCCACACGGAGGAGUACAAGAAGGCACUACAGGAGAACAGAGAGCUGGUUGCGAUGGUACAGCUGAAGAACAAACAGUUGCGUGAGAUUAUAGAUAAAAUACGACUCACGAUAUGGGAGAUUAAUACCAUGCUUAGCAUGAGACGAUGCUAAUUGGGAAAGUUUUUUAACGGUGUAUUGUGUAGAUCUAAGCCCUUAGCAAAAAAAAUAAACUAUUGCAGUAUACUCAUCCAGCUGUAUCACAAAU